AUGUUCAUCACAACAGCGCUCGGAGCUUUCUCCACAUUCACCACGGCUGCCCGAUGGGUCAUCAACAACAGCGCAGCCAUUGGCGAUGCAUUCAAAGCCGUCAAGAAUGUGGCAGAAGGCUUCACGCGAACCUCUGAAGAUKGAGAUGAGAUUUUCGUUCCUCAUCCUGACGCAGACGACAACAAUGACCCCUCAACAAAGAACAUUGCAUCUCUUUUAGAAGAGUCCGUCGACAAAAUUAAGGAAAAGGCCGAAAAAGUUUCAGCGCCAGAUAAUUCUCACGGGAGGAUCACAUCAAGUAGUGCGCUGACUGGUCUUUGGCUCCAUCCGUCCAACGUUGUGGAAGAGGGAAAUGUUCCGUCUCACGAAAUGUACAGAGAAGUGGCCCGCCAUUUGAGUGAAGAGGGCUAUCCAAUGAGCUUUGUACUAGACGGCGGGAGUACGGCCGAUGUUCCAUACCGACUGGCGCAAGCCGUGUUUGCCAAUUCUGCUAAGUCAAAGACGGUCCAAGGACCUAAUACAACGCGACUUAUAGAAAACAACUUUGAAAUCGGAUCAAAAGGCGGAAAUUGCAAAAUCAAUGCCAAAUUUGUGCAUUACAUCCUCCCGCUCGGAAAGGAAGGCACGGAGGAUGCAUGGCACGGAAUGCUGUGUGCGAAUAGAAGCUGGACCAAGAAAUUUGCAGCCGAUCAUGAGAAAGAGCAGCAGAACCAAUUCUACAUAUCCGACACAAAACCCCCAGAUGGGCCAGUCUGGGUCCUCACCUGCGAGAUCGACUGGAAAACUGUGAUAAUCGCGGGAGAAUGUCAUUGGAAGUUGGGUGAGGAGUUGCGGAAGGCCAAUAAUUACUAUAUUUCAAUGUCAAACCUUGAAGCGACAAUUCAGACUCUCAAGAUUGUUGCGAGUGCCAACAUCUCGCCUGCUCAGAUUCGGGCCUAUGUGGAGGUGAAGGCGGCCGAAAUUUCGAGAAGCGUCAAGACGGACAAGGCCUAUCUGCUCGAUGCGGAUACCGAGCCUUUGAUGGGCCAGAGCCCGACUGUCUUCGUUAAGAAUUCUUCUUUCAGGGGAAGUUUCCAGACCACCAGCGAUUAUCUACUGGCCUACAAUCGGCAUUUAGAAUCUAAGAAACGGGCAGCUGAUGAGAGACUGAGUAUGCAAGAGGCAGAGAUGAUUGAUGUCAAGGAUUGUGGCGGAGUGGAUAUGUAA